AGCAAUCAUUCUUCUUGCCCUCCCAUUUGACAUCUGCAAUACAUAUUAACCUCACCAUGGCCCAACAAGGAUACGCCAUAGUCGAAGUUGACGAGGAUCAACCAGGACCAUCCCACGGUUCUGAUCUUGAAUUCCAAACCUUUCUUCCAUCCCAGACCGACGGAGGACUUUCUUCUACUCCAUCACCUCCAGAUGUUCCUUUCAGUCCUUUUAAUUUGACAUACUAUCAAACAUAUUUUGAUGUCGAUACAAACACAGUCCUGAAACGUGUAGGGAUGGCUAUGAUCCCUCGUCCUGGGUUCAUAAUUGAAGUCUGUGAGGGACAGAUUGACAUGUAUGGCUCUUUCUGGACCUUGACAACCCUCAUUCUCACAUUGUACACCACCUCCACUCUGACAACCUCCAUUGCCCAAUACAUGAGCUCUUCACAUGCUAGUUCAAACCUUCCCUUGCUAUCCACCGCGACUUCGGCAAUUUAUAUCUAUGGUUUACUUGUGCCUUCCUUGCUCUGGAGCGCUACGAAGUGGUUGGGUGUUGGAGAAUGGGGCAUUGCAGAAGCUUUGGGAAUUUAUGGAUAUGCAAUGAGUAUUUUUAUCCCUCUGAGCCUCCUAUGCUUGAUACCAGUUGGUAUUUUGAGAUGGGUGUUAAUUGGGUUAGGUGGCAUUACUUCAGGGUUCUUUUUAACUGGAAAUAUAUAUCCUGUGCUUGCUGCAUCUGAUAAUAAGUUUGCUCGCCUUCUCAUUAUUGCUGUCGCUGUGAUGCACGCAGUCAUGGCUUUCAUGAUCAAGAUUCUCUUCUUUGGAACUUCUGUUAUAGGGCAUGAUCCAAUCAGUGACUUGACAUAAAGAUUCAGGCCAUUAGGCAUCUACAUGUAUUGUGAUGUAAUUUUUCAAAGCCCAAAACUGCAAGGGAAAUUGAGUAGUGUCCAUCAACAGUUGUUAUCUGAAUUAUUGUAAGUUCACUAAUGAGGGAAUUCAAAUUGGGUGUAAGAGCCUCCUUAAUAAAGCCUGGUUUAAAAAUAAAGUCAAUAUUUUGCAUAAGAUUUACCUUGCCAGACCCUGUCACAAGCCUGCAUGAAGUAGAAGAGAUCAUAGGAAGUUACAGGACAGAGGAAGGCAAGACAUGCUUCAGAUAGAAGGUCCAGCUGGACCUCCAAAAAAAGAACUUAACUGGGUGGACCUCCAGCUGGACCUCGAGGGAUAUAAAUUGAUUUCUGUAGAAGUAUAUAAAGGGGAGCUCUGUCCUCGAUCUUGAUCUUCUUCCCCUUAAAAGAUCAAUAUUUCAUAAGUUACUUUGCCAAAGGUCCAUGAGCUCCCAUUGCUGCUCACUCUCGUCUUACCUGGCACCACCUUCGACAUAAACUUACCUCUAGUAUAUAAGCUUGCCUGAUCUUCCCAAGCAUAUAUACUUCUGGCCCUAUACCAUAUACCAAGAUCUGAGACACCACCCAUCAAUACCAUCCUGCUGCCAUAAUAGGAGAGUUUCAUUUCAAGUCUCAAUAGCUCUCCCAUGUCAACAAUGCCCUCUGCCCCCCCAAAAGACAACAAGAUGUCUCUGGUGCUGCAAAGGAUUAGAAGAUUGGAGAAGACGGAGGUUUGCUGUUAGGAGUGAGAAGGAGCCUUUUAGCUGGU